AUGGAAAAUUUGCAGCUUCGUAUGAAUUUGAAACCACUGGAAACUUCACUGGAGCCUCCAGGUGCCUGCCUUGAGAUGGUUAUCAGCGAUCUCCACACGCUGCUCUGGCUCCAGAUGAAAAAUCUCUGCUCGCUCGGUUUGGCAGAACUCGACCCUGCGGGAGCCUCGGGGCCCGUGAAGCGCCGGAACUUUUGGAGACGGUGCGUUAGGAAGUGUUUGGCAGAGCACAGCUCCCUCGGCAUCGGGCUGGAGCGACACCUCCGAGCCAGCGCUUGCAGCGCAAACACGCUGAAAAAGCCGCCAAGGGGACGGAGCAUCUUCACCCGAGCGGCCUCUCCCGCCAUCCCCCGCCCUCCUCUCCCUCCCCAGGGCGCUCCCUCCGGGCACAGGUCCCGCACCGCUCCCCGCACCUGCCGCGCUGCCUCGCCCCGGCCGCCACCUCCCUGCGGACCCCCGGGGCGGGCGGUUCUGCCGGGGCCGCUCCGGGCCGCGCCCCCGGCUCUGCCCCCGCCCGUCCCCCCGGCCCGGCGCGGCCCGGCCCCUCUCAGCCCCGGCGGGUCCCGCCGCCGCCUCCCGCUCACCUGCGGCCCCGCCGGGAGCGGCGCGGAGCGGCCUCAGCGCCGGCACCGUCCGGGCGCCAUUUUGUCUCCAGCCUCGGAAGUGACGUUGGGGGGAGGCCGCGGGCAGGUCCCGCCGCGGGACCCCCCCGACACCCCUUCAUCCUCUGCAUCCCCUUCAUCCCCUGCAUCCCCUGCAUCCUCUGCAUCCCCUUCAUCCUCUGCAUCCCCUUCGUCCUCUGCAUCCCCUUCGUCCUCUUCAUCAUCUUCAUCCUCUUCACCGUCAGCAUCGCCUACAUCUCCGACACCCCCUUCAGUCUCUUCAUCCUCAGCAUCGCCUUCAUCUCCAACACGCCCUUCAUCCUCUUCGUCCCCCUCAUCCUCUUCAUCUUCUUCAUCCUCAGCAUUCCUUUCAUCCUCUUCGUCUUCUUCAUCCUCAUCAUCCCCUUCACCCUCAGCAUCCCCUUCAUCCCCAACACCCCCUUCAUCCCCAACAGCCCCUUCCUCCUCUUCAUCCUCAGCAUUGCCUUCAUCCCCCACACCCCCUUCAUCUUCUUCAGUCUUUUCACCCUCAGCAUCCCCUUCAUCCCCAACACUCCCUUCAUCGCUUUCAUCCCCAGCAUCCCCAUCAUCUCCAACACCCCCUUCAGCCCCUUCAACACCUUCAUUCCCAACACUGCCCUCAUUACCUUCACCCCCUUCCAUUCCCUUUACCCCCCAUGCCCCCUCCAUCCCUUCCAUCCCCAACACCCCCUUCAGCCCCAACAUCCUCUUCAUCGCCUUCACCCCCUUCCAUCCCCUUAACUCCCACCACACCCUGCAUCCCCUUCACCUCCUUCAUCCAUUACACCCCCUUGACCUCCCUCAUCCUCUUCAUCCCAUCCACCUCCUUUAUCCCUUUCACCCCCUUCAUCCUCUUCACCCCCAGCAUCCCCCUGGUCCCUGCCGAGUUCACCCCUCCUGCCCCAGCCAUCACCAUCCCCCAGACAACGAGGAGAGCAGAGCAUUUUACUCCUGGCCAAGGCUGAACACUGCCCUCUCCAGAACGUGGCAGCUGCUGAGGUCUGCAGUCCAGCAGCACUCAAACCACUGCAUGGGAUCACUUUGGUGAUAGCAGCCUGUCAGGAGUAACUCCAGGGAGACCAGGCAGUUCAAAUGCAGGAUUUUCCUAUCUAUGGGCUCGUGCUUGGAAUUCCCACUGACACAAACAUGCUUCCUGCAUGUUUAAAUCCAUGGAGUGUGGGCAGCAACAGUCAAUAAGGGAAGAGGAAAGGAAGCACUAAUGACUGUCUUGGAGUUGUUUUCCUCCUGUUGUGAAGAGCUUGUACCACACCAAGUCAGCUAAAUAAAUACAGCCACAGAAGGAACAUUUUCCCCUGGAACAUUCACCACUUGUCGUGCUCUCCCCUCUGCUCAGCCAGAUUGCACGUUCAGCUCCCAGUGCUCUGGGAGGGUUGUUCCCUCCAGAAGGGCUGCAGGGAGUGAUCAGGGGAGUGCAUGAUUUGGAGAACACAAUUCCCAAGGGUUCCCUGUCUUUUAAAGCAAACAAACCAUGGCAAUCAUGGGUUAAAAAAUCCAACCUACUGAGCUUUCCAUCCGAGCUGGAUUAAGUUUUCUGAUAUCUUUGGGGCGUUGAGAAUUUUUGCUCAAACUUCCUUCUCUCUUCAGCUUCACUGCUUGAAACUCAGGUGCAGGUUGAAACAAGUUUCAGAUAUGAAAGUUGUGUUCAGCUCCAGCUGACUGCUUUACAGUCACUGACUUUCAUAAAUUUUCCUCAACAAACCCAGUGUUGGACUCGUCACAUCAUUUUUAUUUAGAAACUCCCAAGCAUUUGGAAAAUAUUGCACCUCUGAUCUCCACGAGGUUUUUCAGAUCUUGACAGACCCACUGGUCCAUCUGAGCAAAUAAAUAGUGUUUGAGGAGGACCCUGAGACCAGCUUUAAUUGUGACUUCAUUAGAGUAGCAGUGGAUAUAUGUGAGCAUAUCUCCAGAGGUCUUUUAAUUUAAUUGCCUUUAAUUUGCUUUGAAGCUGUGGUGAUUCUGGACCAGUCUAUAAACU